AUGCAUGCGCCGCUGCGCCUUGCCUUCAUUGCAUGCUUGGCUGCGGCUACCAGGCCGUGCUCGAGACGUGAUGUGCACUACGACCUGUCCGAAUGCCACACUUCUCGGGGCGGCAAAGUGCGAGAGGCCUUCGCCUAUGCGGGCCCCGGAUGCAACUUGUCGGCGCCCAACUCGCUGACGCUGCCCAAGCCCUUGCUGGAUCUGCCCUGUGAGCAGCCCUGCGAAGCUGGCAAGUACUUGCGCCUCAAGGAGGACGUGUCCAAGGGCCAGCUGGCGCUGCAGUGUCUGCGCUGCCCCGCCGGCCGCUUCUCCCUGGGGGGCGGGCAGUACCUGGACGGCUCCGUGGGCGACUGGGGCAAGCCCUGGCCCGCAGGCCUCACAACCUCCUGCCUCUACCGCGGCAGCGACAGCCAGUGGUCGCUGGGCGGCGGUGCUCGGCUCGCCUGCCUGCUGCACGUGCACACCACCGGACCAGAGGAGCUGCGCCUGGAGACCCGGGCGAGCACCUGGAACCAGGACUUGCCGGAGCAGGAUCUGGAGGCGCCUCUGGCGAUCACGUCCUCGUUGGCUUGCGCGCCCUUGAACGCUUCGCUCCGGAACUCGGCGGUGCUGGUUCUUCGGGGCACCUGCGCCUUCAGUGUCAAGGCGAAGCAUUUGGCGGAUGCGGGGGCCAAAGCCGUGGUGGUCUACAACAACCUCUACAACAGCCCUUACUUCUAUCCGGCUGCUGCCCCCAACACCACCAAGCCUGUCAUCCCGAUGUUCAUGGUGACCCGCGAGGACGGCGAGCGCAUCAUCGCCGCAGAGGGCACUUUGACGCUGCACGUGCCCAGCACUCGUUGCAGUCUGGAUACCCGUGAGGUGGCGCCAAACAGAAGCGAAGGCAACGCAAGUAGCCCGGCCGACUCCUGGGAAGCAGCCUCCGACAAGGGCUGCGCACAUUGGACUGCGGAUCCCAGCGGCGGCUUCUUGCACUCAGGAGACAACCGCGGCUUCCAUUGGCUCUUCUCCUUCCUCACCUUCUCGGCUCGCUUCGUGCGGGACGGGUACCUGCGCUUCCGCUACGGGGUGGAUGCGGAGCAGGGCUACGACGGCUUGAUCUUCGAGAUGGACGGCCAGGCCAUCUGGAACAAAACCAUCUCGCAAGCCCCGCCCUGGCGGGAGUUCCGGCUGGAGGUGCCCCGCGGGGCUCAUAGCUUCACCUGGACCUUCAAGAAGGAUUUCAGCACCAGCAGCGGUGAGGACCGCGCGCGCCUGCAACUCCUGGAGCUCUCAGGCUCGGGGCACGGGGACCUGUCCUGCCGCAGCUGCUCGGUGCUGAGUAGCCCGGGGUCCACCCGGUGCCAGGGAUGCGGCCGGGACUCCUUCGCGGAAGUCCUGCCCUCGGGGCGCGUGAGCUGCCAACUCUGCCCCAACGGCACCUGGGCGCCGCCCAGUUCCAUGGGGCCCGAGGCCUGCCAGGCUCGCAGGGAGUGCACGGCCCAGGAUGCGGUGGUGGUCUACCGCGCAGAGAAUGGCCAGGUGGCUUGCUCCGGCAACACCACCAGCGCGAAUGUUCUCUGGCGCCAGCCGCAGACCUGCAUCAGCCAGCGCACUGCACAGCAGGUUGCGGGGCUCGGCAAGAAGGUCACCUGCCCGCCCUGCCAGCCGUACAUGUGGCGGCCCUCGGGCAGUCGCUGCGCCAACCGCCCAGCGAGGCCCUGCGCUGCGCCCAAGUACGCCAUGCCGAUCAGCUUGGUGAAGUACUGGCACUUGUGGCCCAGGAACUUCACCUCUUGGAUCUGGGGGGAGGUGAAGGAAGAAGAGCAGCCGCAUGCCUGGCAGCUGGCUCCGGAUGGCCAAGCCACAGUAGUGGGUUCCGCCUUUCUCGGGGAGGAGGUGCAAGCUCGAGCAGACCAAGCCUUGUUGACCUACGACGUGACGCUCGUGAGUUCUGGGGAGCUGACCUUCGUGUUGGAGGAGCGGCCCGUGGGCGCCUGGUCUUCCGCCGGCGCCUUGUACGUGGACCACGCGCCAAGAGUGCCGCAGGUGGUUUCCAGGAACGGGUUGCUGCACUGCACGCUGUGGCUGGACGCGGGAUGGCAUUGGAUCACGUGGGUCUGGCGCUACAGCGGCCUCGAGGAGCAGGCCGCCGAUGGCAUCGAUGGCCAGGCGGCCGGAGGCUCUGGCCUCCGGCUGCUGAACGUGUCGGUGACCAACGUCCAGGGCGCUCCCCGCGGCCCGUGCCAACUCUGCCCCGACGGCCACGGCUUGGACGACGCGGCAAGGAGUUGCAGGCGUUGCGGGGCCGGGGAGCAGAGCGUGGGCGGCCGGUGCCAGCCGUGCCCCAACGGCACUGCGAGCAGCAGCCCCGGAGCGCGCUGUGAGAAGUGUGGCCCCGGGACCUUUGCCGCGGGCAGCGCCUGCCGGCCCCUGCCCAGCCUGGGCGGCCGUGGCCAGCAGAAGUUCGACACGCUCCGGAUCGGCAGCGUGUGGCACAACGCGACGCAGGAGACCGGCCUGAAGUUGAUCCAGGUGGAGGACAAAAGUUACUACGUGAACCUCGCGGAGUCGCACCGCCUGCCCGGCGGAAUCGGCGCGGCGUACAUUUGGGAGGUGCUCCCACCCCGGGAGGCCUGUGCUGCUGAGCGAUCUGCCGAGUCCGCUUUUGCACGGCCCCUGGCCGAGCGGCUAGAGGCGGUAAAGCGCAACGAGGGCCGUCCGCCGGGGCUUUGGUUCACAUUUGUGGGCAACUGCACCGAAGUGUCCGGCCAGAGACGCACGCAUGUGCUGCUGAGCUGUGCGGACGCCGCCCCUUGGGACUUCCGCUUGCUCAGCGGCAUGCGCCCGGCCAUGGCGGGAGGUCAAAGCUGCGAGGAUUUGGCGCUGGAGUGGCGCACGCCUUUAGCCUGCCCUUUGUGCCAGGAGAGGAGGACUGGGAAGCCGUGGCCCCCAACGUCUGCGACCCCGUGCGGGGUCAGCGCAUCACCCACGUGGCGCCUUUCUGCAGCGGGGGCGCGGCGCCGCCCCCCGACUUCUGGGAGCCCUGCCCCGGGGUGGUGGACAUCGUUGCCCUUGUGCUGUUUGGCGGCCUGGUGGGCUGCAUCCUUUGCUGCCUCAGCGUCUAUGUGCUGCUUCUGCGCAGGAGGUACGCCAAGUACAUCAUGCUUGGGGAGCCUGACAACCCUGUCACGGCGGUAA